CAUGCACAUCAAGGGUUUAUUCUAGAGCUUGUGCAGACUAUUGCGUCCAUGUGUUUUCUCACUCAGUCUAGGGGACGAAGGGACUAAACUUUUCCUGCGAGAGGGAUGCUGGAUGUUCCAAGUCCACUUUGGCAGUCGGAAGAAACUCGAUGAAUAGGCAAAGUUUCUCUUUUUUGGACUGGACCCGCGCAGGUAUAUUUCUUUCGCUCCUCGCAUCGACUUUUGAGGGCAUCCACCGCGUCCCGUGCGCUUUUGGAGAUCCGCUGAUUCAAGUUCUUUUGAAUGAAAUAGUUCGCUCGCAAACCACGUUGAUCCAUCACGCUGUAUUUGUUACUCAAAGAACCUCAAGUUAAAAGCGUUCUCUCUCUUUACAGACAAUAACGCGACACUUUUUAGAGUAUAAAAAGCGCGUUUCGCGCUCUAAAAUGACAUUAACCGGUGGUGAAAGAUGGUGUUUUCUCUACCCCUCUAAUGUGUGACACAACUGAGUCCGGACUCCUCAACUUCCCGCUCCUCUGUGGAGAAAUAUACAUAUUGAAACCUCAUAUACAGACCUUGCAGGUUCGCGGCGAGUACCUUUGACGCUUUCUUCCGCGAGUCGGGACAAUCCUACAGCCGCCCAGAUGCAGUUUCGUCUGUUCUCAUUUGCGCUGAUCGUGUUGAACUGUGUGGACUACAGCCACUGUCAGACGCAGCAGUCUCACCGCUGGAGAAGAAGCAAAAGAGCUACCUAUGGAGCUUAUCCCAUCUGUAAAGGCUGCUCGGUGUGUUCCAAGGACAACGGGUGUAUGAACUGCCAACCCAAGCUCUUCCUGUUCCUGAGGAGGGAGAGGAUGAGGCAGUAUGGCGAGUGUCUCCAUGCCUGUCCGUCAGGCUACUAUGGUGUGCGUGGGACAGAGAUCAACAUGUGCUCCAGGUGUAGGAUAGAUAACUGUGAGGCCUGCUUCAGCAAAGACUUCUGCACAAAGUGCAAGCCUGGUUUUUACUUGCACAAGGGCCGUUGCUUCGAAAAGUGUCCAGAGGGCUUUGCUCCUCUGGAGGACAGCAUGGAGUGUGGAGAGGGUUGUGAGGUGGGCCAGUGGAGUGAGUGGGGGACCUGCACCAGAAGAAACAAAACCUGUGGUUUCAAGUGGGGUCUGGAAACCCGAACACGGCAUAUUGUGAAGAAGCCACCAAAGGAUACGAUACCAUGUCCGACCAUCGCCGAGUCCAGGAGAUGCAAAAUGGCUAUGCGACAUUGCAGAAAAGGCGGUUCGGGGAAGGGCCACCGGACCAAAGACCAGAAGAAGAAGUCCAACAAGCAGAGGCUGCGCUUCCGGGCUCAGAACCAACACAGCGACCACCUCGCCUCUCUUCGAGCAAGCCAGUAAAAAAAAGAGAGAGAGAGAGAGAGAGAGACUUUUCGAUGGAACAAAGACCACAAAGCUGCUAACCCAUGCUCCAAACACACCUAACCUGAUGAAAACACACUACGCAUCCAAACGGUAUUAUUCACACUCAUGUGGUCACGCUGUGUUUCUCUGUGCCUCCUGCUGCUUCACAUAGCCCCCGACCCGUGACCCCACUGUGAUAUCAUGGAACACUAUAGCAGCUGUUCAUAUAGCUCAUAUCUCGUCCUAUCUGAGGAGGAAGAAGAGAGAGACUGAGCUGGAAGCACCGAAAAGCUUGGGCCUGGAGACCUGGAGGAGUAGAACAAGCACAGAGUGGCGAAAGGAGCAGAAGGGAUUAGAAACGUGAUUGACUGAUAAUGAUGCCCUGAAAAACAAGAGAGAGACUUAUCUGUAUUUAUGUACAAUUUACACCAUCCCCUCCCCUA